AUGACCAUUAAGAAGCAGAAUGUAGCAGAUUAUUAUAAGCCACAUUUCUUCAUAGACAAAAUCAACGCUAUAGGUAUCAAACGGUAUGAUUCAACAUCAGGUGGUGAACAUGAAAUUCAGAGAACAAUGUUUAAACUACUCAACCAGCUUGAUGGCUUUAACACUUGUGACAACAUCGAGGUUAUCAUGGCCACAAAUAAGAUUGAGAUGCUAGAUCCUGCACUUAUCUGA